UUGAAACGGCAAUUUUAAGACACCGGCUUAGCGUUCCAUUGUAACUUCUGACAUCUUUUCGAAUAAUUUCAAGAAAUAAAGUGACAUUUACAAGGAUUUCAGAAAAAUGAACGGUUUAGGAAGGACCGCGACCCGGCUAAUACAAAACUGCGUCAAAAACACAACGUUGACUGGUGCCUUAGUGAAUCGCGCCCAAGCUCCCGUAAAACGUGAUUUCACCAGAGGAAUAUGGCACAUGAGCUGUUCCAAGAGAUUGGAUGGGUCUGCCACCACUUCAACCCUUUUGCACAAUCACUCCAACACAUGCAGCUGCGGUUGUGGUCUGAAAGCGCUCCACACUAAAGGUGAAAGAGAGCUUGUUGAGUUCCUGACUGAGGAGAUUGUGGCGGAGCGCAAGGCACAGAAAGUGAAGGUGCUACCGACAGAACUUGAAGGUUUUGUUGUCUGCGGAGAUGGUGCUGAGGUUGUGCUAUCCAAGAAGCUUAAGGAUGAACUUGUCAGAAUCACUUUCAACGUGAACCACACAGUGGACUCUGACGACUUGGAAGGCGAGGUGCAGCCAGAGAAGCAGGAGUUUGCAGAGAUGAGGUCACGGCCUCAGUUCGAGGUAGACCUGGUCCGCGGAGACACCACUCUUGGGUUCACCUGCUCAUACCUGCAGGAGCCACCACCAGCCGCUGGCGCUGAUGAGUACAAUGACGUGUUUGGCAUCGACGAGGUGACCAUCUACAAAGGAGAAUGGAAUGACAAAGUGUAUGCCGUCGCGGGAGACGUCCUUGACGGAUAUCUUUACGACCUUUUGAUGAACCUGCUAGAGGAGAAAGGCAUCAGCAACGAGUUUGUGAACAAACUAUCUGACUUCAGCACGGCGUAUGAACACAGCGCAUACAUAAAGCUCCUUGAAUCUGUGUCCCAGUUUACCAUCGGAAAGUAAUAAUAGUAACACACCACUUUCUGUAAUAAGAACCAUAGGAUCAAAAAUAUGAACAGCUACGAAAUUCAGCCAUAUUGUUUCGAAAUAUCCAAGCAUUUUGGAUAUUAUGUUGUUCCUGUAACUCCGUGUAUGUUCAGCAUACAGUAUUCUUUUUGUUAUUACAUAUAAACUUAUGAGUCUAUUUAAUCGAUCAAUUUUACCCUUAACCCUUCUGAGGUGGUAUCUAAAAUUUGUACUACUGUACAGAUUUCAACCGAAUUUAACAUCAUAGAAGAUCUAAUUUAGACUAAACUUGAAUUCAUUGUAGUUGCUAGCAAUUGUUCAGUCAAGUUCUUGAAAUAUUUUAAUAAGCAACUCUCAUAUACUGAGGCUGCAAGGAGUGAAGCAUUUAUGCUGUAGACAGCUUUAAAAUAAUUUAGUUGUGUCAUGGUGAUGUUUUGUUUAAUGUUAGUUAUAUGUUAGUUAUUGUCUCAAUAAAAUUGUUCCAAUUAA